UUCAGUUUAGUGGAAGUCAUCCAGGCAAGUCAGAAAGGUCAUCAUACAGGGCGACCCAAGCUGUUUCCGUGCCAAAACCAGGCCUGAAGCCCGACUGAAAUGGAUCCAGAUAAUCAGUCUCAUCCAAGAGUGUCUGGAGCUGGCCCACAACCACCCGCUCAAGGACCUUGCCCAGGAAUGGAACAUUUGCUACUGGCCUGCAGACUUGAAUUAUUCAAGCUGAGAAGAGGGUUUUUAAGCAUUUAGAAGCCCCAAGAGACCAGCUGGAAUGGCCUCUGAAGAAUAUGAGGACUGUUUUGAGUAUGACGACUCCUUGGGAAUCCCUGAGUUUCUACUGGACAAACUAUAUGAUGAAAGCCUCCUUGAUGAAGAUGGAGAUUAUGACAUGGAAAUGUUGCAGAAUGUGACUGAAACUGAGAGCGAGGAAGGAAAUAGCCCUUGGGAAGAAAUGGCCAGUGAAUAUUUUGCCUGCUUUCUAAAAGAAUUUCCUGCCCAGAAAGAAGAGAUUGAAAAGUGCAUCCGGUGCCUUCGGGAAAUGGCCAAUAACAUAGACGAGACCCAUAAGAACUGUACCAUCGCCAGCAUUGCUGCCAACUCCACAAGCGCCUCUUCCGGCCUCUUGACCAUCCUGGGACUCACCUUGGCUCCUGUCACAGCAGGCGGGAGUUUAAUCCUCACAGCCACCGGGAUUGGAUUAGGGGCAGCGGCAACAGUGACCGGCCUUUCCGCUUCUUUAUAUGAAAGUGUGAAUAAUUCAAAGGAAAGGAAAAAAGCACAAGAGCUGAUGAAUGAAUGCGAGAAAAGCUUGAGAAAGGCGAUGUGUCCGGAUGAAAUAGACUUCGUCUCCGAAUCAGCUCCAAACAACGGGGCUAUGGGCGAAAACGUCAAACAUCUUGUUUCCAACGUUGCUUGUCAAGUUCCCGAUAUGUACAAGGCUGUAAAGGGGAUAAAAACGAACGUCAAGGCACUGAAGAUUGCUCGUGCGAAUCCCGGCUUGAAGGCGUUAGCAAAGCGCGCCACUGCUGCGGGAAGCACAUCCCGAGGACUCAGGGGGGUGAAACAUGUGAAAAAGGCCUUUGCAGGGACCACCCUUGCGAUGAGCAAAGGAGCCAGGCUGCUGAGUGCCACGUCGGCCGGGCUGUUUCUCCUGUUCGAUGCCUAUGGCAUUGUUCAAGAUGCUAAACAUCUGGCAGAGGGAGCCAAGGCUGAAACAGCUAUGGAGAUCAGGGAAAAGGCUAGCAAACUGGAAGAGAAAGUGCAGACUCUCAACAGGCUCUACAAGGAACUAAAUAAAAAGUUGGCAUGAGUAAAGGUGACCAAAGAACCACCCUGUCUAUGCAUGUAAUUAGUAACUCUCUUAUCAUUGCUGUAUGCUCAUGGUAAACAUGAAGGGUGUGGGUGUCCGUCAAUUUCCUGAGAUGUCUGUGUAUUUUCUUAUGCGCAUACAGGACGUGCAUACGGGAUGCUGAGAAGCCACAGCCAAUUGCCUCGUCCCCACAGCAUAUAUGGCCAAUAAAAGUUACAUUUAAAAUACACUGUUAAAAACAAUUUCCACUACAAUAACAAUACAAUACAAAGAAAUACAAGAAACAGGAAAGUGGAAUUGUAUAUGAUUAAUUGAACUUAAUUACAAGUCAGAGAAAACUUGAAUGAGCAAGUGCAUUUUCAGGAGGUGUUUAAAACAUGCCACCUUUUAUGCCUCCUGAACUGCAUGGGGGAGGGUGUUCCAGAGGGUGGGAGCCACCACCGAGAAGGCUCCGAGGCGGAAAUAUAUAAUAUGGAAACAGGCCUGACAUCCCCAGUUAGGCCCGUAGCUUCAACAUUGGUAUAUAGCAAGUCUUGCUAUAGAGAAUCCUGCACCACCAAUAGUUUCCAAAAGUAGGCAAAAGCUAGAAAAGCAUUUCUGCCAUGUCUCAGCUGAGCAUUGGUCUGCAGCCCAUGUUACAUUGCACCAGUCCAGGCACAGCUCAAGACUGAUGGAACAUUCCCAGAUAAGAUGAUUUUGCUUCAUUGACAAAGCAGUUGAUCAUCUUGAUGUUUGGGCUUUGUUUCUUAGGUCACCAACGCCUGUGCCAGAUCUACACCAAGCAGGAUAUAACACUUUGAAAGAGUUUUGAAAACGGUAUAUGGAAUAUGUCCUGGGCCCCAAUGCAGUUAUAAACUGUUAUAAAGUAGUAGUGUAGAUCCUGCCUUGGCUUGAAUGGCACUCCAAUUUCCUAAAGUGAGAAAUACCAAGGAGACUCUUGGUACAUCUGGCCCCUCUGCCCUGGGGAUGAGGUGGUCUCAGGCCUGUACCCAGGCCAUGUUAAACAAGGGUAGAGCGGAGAGUGGGAUUUUGUCUACUCGCAUCCACUGGCCCCUCUCCCUAUGCACAUGCCAUUCAUUUCAUUUAUUACAUUUCUUUACUGCCCAAUAGCCAAAGCUCUGAGGGGGAUGUACAAAAUUUUAAAAACCUAAAAAUACAGUAUUGUGCAUAACAUAAAAAUAGUUUAGCUACACACACACAUAAACAGAGUGGACAUACAUACACACACUCACAGCCAUACAAUAUGUCAUGACCUGAUUAAGAACCUAUUAUAUGCUGCCUGGGAGUAGCUCUUGACCUGAGGGCUGCCUUGAUGGUCCCACAUUCCCCCUAAACCACAAGGGAGAAGGCACUGGACACUUAGGAGGUUCUGUAAUAUUUGGUUUAUUUAUGAAUAUACCUAAGAACACAAGAACAUGCCUUAUAGUAAGAACAUAAGAAGAGCCACGCUAGAUCAGACCAAGGGCAUGGCUAGAAGAAGCGAUAUCCCGGUGAUUGCCCCGGGAUCAUCCCUGUGCAUCCACAUGACGCACAGGGCAUCCCGGGAGCAGGGAGGGACAAUCCUUCCCUUGGCCCGGGAUAUCACCCUGCAGUUCAGCCCUGAUUUUUCAGCAGUCGGGAUGAUCCCAAGACCAUGGAAUGUCUGGCCCGCCAUCACAGUUUUGUCCCGGCUUCUCGGGAGUAACUGCGAGAAGCCGGGACCUGGGUACAGAGCUCCUCAGGAACUCUGUGUCCAUUGGGGAUGGGGUGGGGGUAGCAGGAGGGUUUUUUUUAAAAAAAAUAAUCACCUUAUAUUUCUUCUUUGGGCAUCUAUCACAGCCAACACUGAAUGGGGGUGUACACAGUCAUUACUUGCCUCAAAGUGUGCUGCUACUGUGUGCAGGCAAGCUGGCUAUCCUUGGCUGGUUGACAGGGCCGGGCAAAGCUGGUAAUAGGCCCAGGCCAGAUUGGAAAUUUAGGGCCCAUUUCAAACUGCUCAUUAAGACAGUGAUACAGUCACCAAUAUAUCCACCCCUUUCUUCUGUCUCAUUGUCUUAACCACAAGGGGUCUGGAUAAGUUUUUCUUGCUUAUUGAUGUAUUUUUGUAG